AUGUCCUUUGGAUUUACUGGUUCACCUCCUCCAAAGAAGCGACCACGCCCAGCUCUAUUUGGUGACAGUAAUGAUGAUCCCGAUUCAGAUGAUUCGUUCAACGAUCCAGUUCUUGCGGAACCGAGUCAGAUUACUCAGGCAAUCAUGCAACGAAGAGAUGCUAGCCAGUUCGUAGAAAACGCUCGAUCAGUGGAAGAUACCUCAAGACCAAGUUCUUCUUCGGUGUUCACAUCUCCCCUCCGUCCUCCGAUCAACGAUGCUAUAAGAAUAAGGAAGCCUGCGGCGAGAAUGGUUAAUGCCGUUACACCUCGGGGCUUCAACGCACAAGAGCGAAACGAUUAUCAUCACAAUGGCCAAGUGCUGAUGCUCAAAAAUCGUGUAGAAAACUUAGAGCGAGAGAAGGAGCGAGCAGCUGCAGCUACUCGGGAUCAGAUUAUUGCAAAGGAAAAAGAACACGCCACGGAGCUGAGUAGAAGAGACGAGCGGAUACGGCAGCUGGAAUCUCAAAUUAUUUCCUUAGUACGUUACCGCCACGAAAACCUGCAAACGAGCUUCCAACUUCAUAAUGCUUCACUUUUGGGAGCGGUUGAUGUCGAAAUGACGGAUGCAAACAACACGUUACCACCUGGACCACUACUACAUACUAAAAAA